AUGAACGACGAUGAGCACCCAGGACCACCGUCAACGAAAGGUGAUGAGCACCCACUACCACCACAUCGUACGCCCACCACCAUCAACCAAUGGCCACCAUCACCACCACCUACAACAACGAGGGCCCAGCACCACUGUCAACGAAUGGCGACCAGGGUCUGCAACCACCAUCACCUCCAACGAGGGCCCAGCACCUGUCAACGAACGGCGAUGAGGACCCACCACCACCACCUAUGGACCACGUCAAACGCCCAUCCAUGAACCAGCCAGGUCCGUUGGGUAGUAGAUAGCGUAGUUGUAAACACCUCUUGUAUUCCCUUGUAACAAUACAAUUCAUUCUUUUGUUCAUGCUUUC